GAACAAAAAAUAAAUGUAUUAUUUAUAUUUCAUACAUUAAAUUAUUAUAAUUUUUACUACCUACAUUUCUACAUUAUAAUUUACGUCAAAUAAAUGUAUCGAAUUUUAAACGAGUUAAAGAUUAAAAUUCAAUUUUCAAAGCUGAAAAUUAUAAAAGAAACUAACUUCGAAGCACUGACCGAAAGAAAGGUCACCAACUUGCUAUAAUAUUUAUAAAAAAUGCAAUUGCUGACCAACUAUAUAUAAUAUAAUGACAUAUACCGCCGAUACAUUUGCAAAUAUAAAAAGCCCCCAAUUGUACUCUGCCCUGGGCCCACCAUACUGCAACGAGCUUUGACCAACCGCGGCCACACUGUAGUCACCAUGCCGUUUGGGGAUGUUUACAUCGAAGUGGAUGUGUCCGGACUCCGGAGUUUUAAACCGGAAAGAAGAAAAAACAUGUUCAGUUUCGCUGCGACGUUGGUUGCGUUGUAUGCGUGCUCAUCGUCGCUCCAGUGGACGCCGGCCAGUGCUGCGAACAUCCUGGCGGUGCAGACGAUCCCGGGAAAGAGCCACUGGAACGUGAUGCGGUCCAUGUUGCGGGCGUUGACUGACCGCGGUCACACCUUGACCGUGUUCACGCCGUUCGUGGACGGUGACCGGGAUGGUUACACGGAGGUGGACGUGUCCGAGAAAAUUGCACCGAAUCUCGGAAUAAACGCGACUUUCCUGAUCGAAAACUACAUUCCAUUGCGGAAGGCGAUGCCGAGCAUGAUUAACCAUUCCCGGAAGAGAUGCGACAUGAUUUACGGCCAUCCCCGGAUGGUAGACAUCUUGAACAGGGCUGCGGCGUGGCACUUCGACUUGGUCGUCACCGAACCGUUUAUGUCCGAGUGCGUGGCGUACGUGGCCAACGUGCUCGGCGUGCCAAUGGUGCACGUUGUCGCGUUUCCGGUGGUCACGUACUCGGAACGUCCGUUGACGGGGCACGUCCCAAACCUGGCGGCCGCGGGGCAUGCCAUGUCCCGCCGUGGCACGCCCAAAACGUUCGCCGAACGUUUCGGUAACGUGGCGCUGAUGGUGUACUGUUCGGCGCUGACCUGGUACACGGAGUGGAAGCUGCGGCGAAGCAACCCGCGACCGUACGACGCCAUGGACCUCGUCCGACCGUCAAUGAUUUUCAUCAACUCGCAUUCCAUCACCAUACCGGCUAGGUCGCAGACGUCUGACUUUGUCCAAAUCGGCGGCAUUCACCUGACACCGCCUGAACCUAUACCGAAGGUUAUAUAUAGGACGCGGUCCGUGGCAACACUAGGGGGUUUGGGGAUUGUGACCCCGAAAUAUUAUACUGAGGACAUUUUAGAAUUCAUCGACGACGCGCCUCACGGGGUGAUUUUCUUAUCGUUUGGUUCUAUGAUUUUGAUGUCAUCGUUACCGGAAACUGUUCAGCUAGCUUUCAAAGAUGCACUCGCUCGAGUUCCUCAGAAGGUGUUGUGGAAAUACGAAGAAAAAAUGAAAGAAAUACCGGACAAUGUGAUGUCCCGGAAAUGGUUUCCACAACGCGACAUUUUGUUGCAUACCAAUGUCAAACUGUUCAUAAGUCAUGGAGGCAUAUCCGGAGUGUACGAAUCUUUGGACGCUGCAGUACCUGUACUAGGCUUUCCCAUUUACCACGACCAACAUAGAAAUAUUGAAAAUUUGGUCAACGCCGGGAUGGCGAUCGGUAUGGACCUGUUAUCUGUUACCGAAGGUACGCUGUUAAACGCCAUUUCGGAGAUUGUAAACAACGAUAGGUACCAGAAAAACGCUAAAAUAGCUUCUGAACGGUUCAAAGACCGACCGAUGUCACCUGCAGAAUCAGUGGUUUACUGGACAGAGUACGUUCUACGUCAUAAAGGAGCUCCACAUUUAAAAUCUCACGCUCUUAACCUGACGUGGUAUCAAUAUUUUUUGGUUAAUGUAAUAAGCACAUUUUUAUUCAUUGCGUUUGUUGUCUUAUUCAUAAUUUAUUAUGGUCUAAGAGUGAUUCGUAGCCAUAUUUGUACAUUUUUCCAUAGUGUCAAUACAAAAAGUAAAUAAAAAAAAAUUACAAAAACAAUAAAUAUUUUAACUGUUCAAAAUAAUGUAUAUAGAUAGGUACAUCUUAUAUUAUAACUUAUAAGCGUAGUACAUUCCAUCCAUUGUAUGGUUGGUCGUAACUCGUAAAUCGUUAUUGUUCCACCAACAUCUUUUGAAUAUAAUAAUAUUUAUUCUUAGGUCCGUUUAGCCAGCUCUGCCACUUUCGAAUUUUAAUACCAAACCUUGACAGGAUUUUGUACAAUUUCGUACAUCCCCCUAAACACGAGUAAACCCGAUUUUGCAAUGUGCUUGCUGGAGAAACGUUUUCCCAGCAUUUCCUAAGCCAAAAGUUGAACAAAUUCAAUUUUCAAUGGUACAGUAUUAUGUACUUUUUUUUGUACAGUUUUGUUUUUUCAGUUCAGUUUUUUUUUCAAAUUAUUCUUUUUGGAAAUUCUCAGAUCAAAGUAUAUCUUAAAUUAUUUACCAUCCAUUAUAAUUCUUAUAAUUUAUCUAAUUUAUAAAUUACUUAUAAGAACUAUCAAAGUAUAAUGAAAUGUAUUAAUAUACAAAUUAAUGUCUUACAUCAAAGUAUAUUCCAACAUUUGUAACUAAUUAGGUAAUUAAUCAAUAAUCAUUGAAAUACAUUGUAAUAAUAAUAAAGAGAUAAAAGACUUGACCACAGACCCUGAAAAAAUAUUGCUUUUUUCUUUACUUGGACAUUUUUGGUUUAAUUGACUAUAGUUGAUUUUGGUUUUUGGUGUACCUCUUGACAAAAUUUCAGUAGAUACUUGAAAGUUUCACUGAAUGUUCAUAUUAGUUUAGCGUUUAUGAGUUAAUUAAAUAAUAUAAAUCAAUCAUUUUUUACCUAUUAGAUAGGCAACUAUAUUGUUCUUUUAAAAAAAAAAAAUCAAUGUCAAACUUCAUAAGACGGAAUCACUUGGGAUUCACUUUUUCCAUCUUAACGGAAUUUCUUUCUUGACGAAGCUAACAUAUUCAUAAUUAUGUAUUUGAAUAAAUUGAGACUCAAGAAAUUUUCUGUCUUACCAAAAUUUUACUGUAUAUUUAAAUACUGUAAAAAGUAUUAACACUUUAAUAGGUAGUCUAUAAUUUAGUUUUGGGUUCGUAAAAAAUAAAGUAUUCUAUCAAUGUAUAAAAAAAAUUUAAUCGUUUAACUUAAUAAAAAGUUUGAAAAAAAAAUGUGUUUUAACUUCUAACUGAGUUUACCAACAGGCAACAAUUAAAUUAACAUUUAACUUUUUCUUAUCUAAAAGAUUACUUGCAGUCCUGCCUUAUUGUAUUAAUGUAGCCAUGUAGGUACCCAACAUUAUAGUGGUGGAAAAUAAUUGAACAAACAUUAAAUUAUUUCGAUGAUAAGUACUUAAUAUGUAUAUUUAUAGAGUUGCUAAGAUAAUAGUUUGCAACUUCAGAGGCUGUAGAACAAUGCACAAAUAUACAAAUACGAAUCGUAUAAUAUAACUAAUGUAAAAUCGUUAUAACAUAACUGGUCCAGUACAAUAUUUUGAUUACGGAAUUAAAUAAUUUAAAAAUAUAUAAUAUUAUUAGUAUAUAAAAGUGAAUUAAAACUAAUUAAAAGGAACAAAAGUUGUAUAAAUUAACCGACGCGCGAUUGUAGGGUUUGCCGAAAGGACUGUUUGAAUUUUAUACUAUAUAUAUAUAUAUACACACCUAACUUUGCAACACUCGUCUCGGAAAAGCAAUUAUAAACGGUGUGCAUGCCAAAAUGGGUUUUCCGGGAAAGCCUGCAGUCGGCGAUUAAGUUUGGAUAAUACGCCGCUGAAGGGGAGGUACGUGUGGUAAAAAUAUUUCAAAUUUUUCAUAAAGGUUUUCGACAUUCCCAAUCACACGUCUCACGCAUUAUCGAGUUGAUUCGCACCUUUCUUCCAAAGUACACCUAAAUAUCAUUAUGUUUUUGUAAUUUUUAAGACAUUCAGAACCUAUAUUUUCAAUACUACUUUCACGAUGAUUAAGUGUGAUUUACGAGGAAGGCUGAGGAAUUCGGCAUCUGCAAGGCCCGACAUUUGGAAAAGGGUAACAUCGUAUUGCAACAUAUACCUAUAAUAUCUGGUACUCACAGUUUUUACGUGCGAUUAUAAUUACGAUUCGUUGUUUUAUCAACGAAAACAAAAUGGUUCGUGUACUCUGAUUUUAAUAUACAGUCGGAGGUGUGACGAGCCUACGAAUAUAUAGAAGUAAUAUAGAAGCAUCAUUCUACUAUAAUAUCGACUGCCGCAAUAAAGUAUGUCGUAGACUCGUAGGUACCUAAAUUUUACAACUUUUUUUUUUUCAAUUAAUUGUUACUUUUUUCUGAAUUCCCAAAGAAGAAUGCCUAGUAACUGCAUUUUA